CCUGUAACAUACCUACACGACAAGCAGCAGAUUGGCGAUGCGAAAGAUCAGGUCACGCCAGAAAACAACGGUAUCAUCAUGAAGCUCAAAUUCAAGGUGCAGACCACAUCACUGGACAAACAAGCUUCCAAUCGAAAGGACCAGGCUUUGGCGUCUAGACUUACCUUUGUCAAUGUUGACUGCCCAAUGCAGAUCAAGAGUGAGACCAUACAACGCAAGAUUCGUCGUCAUGUCAUGAAGGACAUUGGUCGUUCAAGAAGGAGGGACGCGGUUCACUCUCCAAGCACAGGUCAAAGCGCCAUUACGGUGUCAAGGACUCUGCCGCAUUCUAUUCCGUCCUACUGGGGCGACGUCAAGGUCUGCAUCAACUUCCAACGUCUCUUCUGGGCCAUGGACAUGGUUUCCGAAGGACUUCUGGCCUUGGCGAUGGCCGAUUCAGCUCAUGAAUUUUGCGAGAGGUUGGACAUGAAUCUCGAUGAUACAUUACAACAAAAACCUCAGCCAGAUCAAGCAGCAUCUCUGGAUGAGAUGAAGCAGUACACAGAAUCACUCAGUCUUGUUCGUAAAUCCAUUAUUGCACCAGAAAGUCGGGUCAGUUGUCAUGCCAUCAUUGGCACUAUCAUUUGCUUAGCGGUUUUUGAUAUGCGUGUCUGCAAUCGCGAAAGAUGGACGAUGCAUAUGAAGGGGCUAGACAAGGUCGUUCAGCUUGGUGGCGGCGUGGAGGCACUCGACUCGUGUCCACCCAUCCGCCAGUCAUUAUUCAUUGCUGAUGUCCUCGGGUCACUGGUCGACGACGCCCCUCCACGAUUCCAGCUACCACGACAUUCCUGCGUGCUGCCCUGUGCCAAACAGUCCAAUCUGCAUUGUGUGCAAAGGCUUUUGGCAUCCUCUCAAAUAUUCAAGUUGACCUCGUCGUUCGACAAGACAGCAAUCGUUGUCAUUGACAGCGCCCUGAACUCCGCCUCGCAGCUUGCAACCCUGCUCAAUCACACGUGGAAUACAAAUAGGAUAACCUUGGAUCUGCUAAUUCCAAUAUGCACGCUUGUGCACAACGUCUUGUCACUCCCGAGGAUGACGAACUGCAUUGGCCUAAAUGAAAGGGCACAGGAAGCCAUAUUGCAAAUGACGCCAGUCUGUGCAGCCGUGGAAUUGGUCCGGAUAUCCGUCCUCGCUCUGCUAUCCACUGUGAUAACCACAACCUCUGGCGACAAUCUGUAUUGUGCCGCGCAUCGCAGAAGCCACGUGCGGCAACUGCUGACGCAAUGUGAAGCCAAAGUCUGGGCUGGGUGGGCAGAGCUGAAGUUGUGGGUGCUAAUCAUUCAAACAUUGAUGGAGGCAGGAUCAGCCAGACUUUGGUUCAUGGACGAGAUCAUGAAUAUCAUGUCAUGUCUAUCGCUACACUCUUGGGAUGACUUAAUGUCUUGUCUGCGUCAAGUCGUCUGGGUUGAGAAAGCGGCCAUACAAGAGAUGGCACAGCUCAGGUGCGAUAUUGAGGCGCGUCUGACAUGCAGAAUUCACCCAUGACAACGACAUUGGGGGGGCCAGAGAUUUGCUAUGUGAGUCUGCUGACGAUGGAAAACCUUGCAUAGAAUCAUGUUCAUUGUUGGCUCUAAUUCAACCAUUGUGAUUGUUCUAGUGUGUAACUCCUCCAUUGACACCAAUGUACUGGCCCGUGAUCCAUCUGGAUCUCUCGUUGACCAAGAGAAGUACGGCAUCGCCAAUAUCAGCAGUGGUUCCGGCACGGUUGUCGGCCUUGGUCAGGGCUAUCUCCGCGGCCAUGAGCUCUUCCUCACGUCCCUUUGGGUAUAUGUCUGUCAAUACCGGGCCAGGAGCUACAGAGUUGACGGUGAGGCCCUUGCUCCGGCCGAGCUAUGAGAAAGGCAAAUAAAGUUAGCGAUAUGCCAAACCCAAGCUCCGGCGCGCAUCUUGACGGGUUGAAAAGGCAUCUAAAAAGGAGAGGCAAGUAAUUGUGGCAAAGAAUGGCGGAUGGAAACCUAGCUAACGU